AUGGAAAUGAAAAGAAAUACUUUCCAAGCAUCCACAUUUAAAAUCAAUCUAUCUAUCCCAGCCUGUACAUAUCUAUCUAUCUAUCUAUCUAUCUAUCUAUCUAUCUAUCUAUCUCAGCCUGUUGAUAUCUAUCUAUCUAUCUAUCUAUCUAUCUUCUAUCUAUCUAUCUAUCUAUCUAUCUAUCUAGUUUUGAUAAGGUUGGCUGUCUUAAAUUUUAUCCUAUCUAUCUAUCUAUCUAUCUAUCUAUCUAUCUAUCUAUCUAUCUAUCUAUCUAUUCACUGGUUAGACACACGGAUUAACCAGCACGUACCCGGAAGAAUUAGGAAUGUCAAAUCACGGAUAACUUCUAUCUCUCUAUCUAUCUAUUGUAGUUCUUACUUCUAUCUAUCUCAAUCUUUCCAUAUCUAUCUAUCUAUCUAUCUAUCUAUCAAAUUUCACAAAAUAAUUCUAUUUUUUUUCACAAUUGUCAUUCUUAUACAUAUCUAUCUAUCUAUCUAUCUAUCUAUCUAUCUAUCUAUCUAUCUAUCUAUCGCAGUCUGUUCAUAUCUAUCUAUCUAUCUAUCUAUCUAUCUAUCUCAGUCUCUUCAUAUCUAUCUAUUCAUUUCUCACGCUUCCUAUAUCCAUCUAUCUCAAUAUCUAUCUAUCUAUCUAUCUAUCUAUCUAUCUAUCUAUCUAUCCCAGCUUGUUCAUAUCUAUCUAUCUAUCUAUCUAUCUAUCUAUCUAUCUAUCUAUCUAUCAAUCUAUCUAUCUAUCUAUCUAUCUCAGAAGAAGUUGAUCAUCGGAACCAUUUUUUUUUAA